AUGCGUAUGAAGAUCCCAGGGAAAGAGGCAGAGACAUUUGUUUGGGUGAACAAGGCAUCAGCACAUUCCCAGAGUGUUGCCAAGGCCAAAUAUGAAUUUUUAUUUGGCAGAUCAGAAGAGAAAACAGCAGAUAUUGGUGAUCAUGGAGGAAGCACCUUACUCCCACCUAAUGUCACGAAUGAAUUUCCAGAAUAUGGGACCAUGGAGGGAAGUGCAGAAGGCCUGAGGGCUUCAGUCGAGUUUGAUGCGGACUCUCUGCCAUGCUGCCCCCCAGGCCACCACGCUGGGCUCUACAGUGUCACGGAAGGACCAAAAGAUGCUGGAGAGACCCCGUGCCAGAGCCACCUCAAGGAGCAAAGUUUACAAACCGCAGACUCAUUGAUUUCAGCUGUGAAUGCCAGAGAAACCAGAGCAGCUUCAGGAACGUCACCGGCUACAAAGGUACCAGACAAAGAAGUGGUUUCUAGUUUGUCAGUUCAGCAAGUGGAAAAAGAAGUGGACACUGCCAGUCAGAAAGCACAGCGAGCCAAGAGUCGAAGCUGCACAAUCCAAGAAAAAUCAUCAGAUAGACCUCUUUCAGCUGCAGUCACAACUGAGGAGAAUUAUUAUUUGAGUAUCCAGAAGGAUCAGACUGCACUGUUAACUGGAGACACUCAGCCAGACAUUUCCCAGAAAGCAGAUGAUGGGAGAAGAGGGGCUUCCUGUGGGCAGGGGUUGCCCUCCGUUGCACAGAACCCAUCAUUGACCCAUGUCUCUGUGGGCAGUGUUGGUUAUUUGAGGGAAAGGAGGGCCGAUGUGGGGAAAGGACAUCCCGGAGGAUGUGAUCAAGGACGCCCAGGCAGGAUCAAGCAUGUGGGAUUUCAGGGUGUGGACGUACUGUGUACAGGAGCGGAGACGAGAGACACAAGGCAUCCUGUGGACUUGGCGGCAUCAUCAGAGAGGACAGCCUCCCCUGAAAGCAGAGAAUUCUCCAGAGUGCCAAGCUGUGCCGUUUCAUCUGCUGGUUUGGGUAAUUCAGUUGGUUUAUCUGCGAGUGCCUGGAAUGAAACCUGGAAAGCUUCAGAAGCGCCUGGCCCCACCUCUGGAACAUUUUCCCCUGUGCCUCCUGUUGAGAGUGGGGAAGACGAAGUCUUCCUGAAGGAAAGACCUGAGCUGGAAGGAGACAAGGACAGGGUUCCCGAGCAGGAGGAGCACACUAGACAAGGUGACGAUGACACCCUGGGACCUGGGUAUACAGAGGACUCCACUGAUGUGUACAGCUCCCAGUUUGAAACCAUUUUGGACAACACUUCUUUGUACUAUAGCGCAGAAUCACUGGAGACACUGUACUCAGAACCUGAUAGCUAUUUCAGCUUUGAAAUGCCCCUCACACCAAUGAUACAGCAGCGCAUUAAAGAAGGUGGCCAGUUCUUGGAGAGGACAUCAGGGGGAGGACAGCAAGAUGUUCUGAGUGUCUCAGCAGAUGGCGGAAUAGUGAUGAGCUAUUCUAGUGGGAUCACCAAUGGGCUGAAUGACGCCAGUGACUCCGUCUAUGGGAAAGGCACCCAUGAAGUUGCUUACUGGGGAAGCAAUGCUGGGGUGAAGAAGACAUUGCUAGCAGCUCAUUCUGAAAUGGGGAGCACUGAAAUUCUGGAAAAGGAGGCACCGGAAAAUCUCAGUAAUGGUACUAGCAGCAACGUGGAAGCAGCCAAGCGGUUGGCCAAACGUCUUUAUCAGCUUGACAGAUUCAAGAGGUCGGACGUCGCUAAGCACUUAGGCAAGAACAAUGAAUUUAGCCAACUUGUUGCAGAAGAGUAUCUGAAGUUUUUUGAUUUUACAGGAAUGACGCUAGAUCAAUCUCUCAGGUCUUUUUUUAAAGCAUUUUCUCUUGUGGGAGAAACUCAAGAACGAGAGAGAGUUUUAAUACACUUCUCCAAUAGAUAUUUUUCUUGUAAUCCAGAUACCAUUUCUUCACAAGAUGGAGUGCAUUGUCUGACCUGUGCGAUGAUGCUUCUUAACACUGACCUUCAUGGCCAUAAUAUUGGAAAGAAAAUGACCUGCCAGGAGUUCAUUGCAAAUCUCCAAGGAGUAAAUGAGGGUGGUGAUUUCUCCAAGGACCUGCUGAAGGCUCUGUACAAUUCAAUCAAGAACGAGAAGCUUGAAUGGGCAGUAGAUGAUGAAGAGAAAAAAAAACCACCCUCAGAAAGUACCGAUGAGAAAGCUAAUGGAACACAUCCGAAGACUAUCAGUCGAAUUGGGAGUACUACCAAUCCAUUCUUGGACAUUCCUCAUGAUCCAAAUGCUACUGUGUACAAAAGUGGGUUCUUGGCUCGGAAAAUCCAUGCAGAUAUGGAUGGAAAGAAGACUCCGAGAGGAAAACGAGGAUGGAAAACCUUUUAUGCUGUCCUGAAGGGAACCAUUCUUUAUUUGCAAAAGGAUGAAUAUAAACCAGAAAAGGCUCUGUCUGAGGAAGAUUUGAAAAAUGCUGUCAGUGUCCACCACGCACUGGCAUCCAAGGCCAUAGACUAUGAGAAGAAGCCCAAUGUGCUCAAACUCAAAACAGCUGACUGGCGGGUCCUGCUUUUUCAAGCCCAGAGUCCAGAGGAAAUGCAAGGGUGGAUAAACAAAAUCAACUGUGUUGCAGCUGUCUUUUCUGCACCACCAUUUCCAGCAGCCAUUGGUUCUCAGAAGAAGUUUAGCCGUCCACUUCUGCCUGCCACUACAACAAAAUUGUCUCAGGAGGAACAGUUGAAAUCUCAUGAAAGCAAGCUUAAGCAGAUCACCACGGAGCUGGCUGAGCAUCGCUCAUAUCCACCUGACAAGAAAGUUAAAGCCAAGGAGGUCGAUGAAUACAAACUAAAAGACCAUUAUCUGGAGUUUGAGAAAACUCGUUAUGAUAUUUAUGUUGGCAUUCUAAAAGAAGGAGGUAAAGAGCUCCUGAUCAACAGUGAAAAUGAGAGCGCUGGACUGAAGAAGUCCCAUUCAAGUCCCUCUCUGAAUCCGGAUUCAUCUCCAGUCACCGCCAAGGUCAAGCGUAAUGUCUCAGAGAGGAAGGAUCAUCGACCAGAAGCACCAAGCAUUAAGCAGAAAGUUACUUAGAACCUACCUGCAGCCAGGAAGUGCUGGUCAUGGAG